CUGAUUCCAAAAAACCAAGCAAACAGAGAUUUGUUUUAUUAAUUUGAGAGAUUUGUGGUGCUUUCGAUAAAAAUUAAUUAACAUUUCGCUGCAUAAAAACUCCCCGAAUUCUAAUUCAUCGGUCCAGUAACCCAAGAGUUUUACCAAAAUGGAGUUUGCAAUAAUUACAACUAUAUUAACAUGCAUUAUCACAGUGACUCUCACCAAAUCAGCAUUUGAGGACUAUUACUUACCGUUUCCGUCCCUUGAUGAAGGCCAAAUGGAAAACGAAAUCGAAUACGCACCCUUAGAAGAAAACGAAGGGCCGAAUUUCGAUUGGUCUCCACCAAACGGGGAAUUACCUGAUGAAAAAAUAGCUCUUUUUGGUGAUGAUGAAGAAAUUGGAGGUCUGGAUUUGCGCGAAAGCUGGAUUGAACAUGACAAUAAUGUUAUUGGUGAGACGAAAAGGGCUUUCGAUUUUCCUAGGAGAAAGAAAAAUCAAGUUCUUUGUCGUGUUCAAAGGGCAAUUCAUCAUCACAUUGAAGCUGGACAUGAAUUUUUCCCUAAAUCAUAUACUAGUUAUUCAUGUACUCCAGUUACCGGGUCACAAUUGGAAGGAUCAGUUGCCACUAGCCAUGACGUUUGCCUAGUUAGAUCCAACACUUGUACCACUUUGCAUCUGAAACGCUUUUUCCUAAAAAGGAACCAGACGAAUACGUGCUGGUCCAGCAUUGUGCCCAUAGAAGUUGGAUCUGGGUGCGACUGUUUGUUCCAUUAUAAAUAUAGGAUACAUUUGUGAUUAUUAAUAAUUAAAAAUCUUAGUUAAAAAUUAUAAUAAGAUGACUAAAAGGCUUCUGGGAAUCUGUUUCAUAUAAAAGAAGCUUAUCAUAUUUAUACAAAUAAAUACAUUAUAUUGAAACAUUGUUACAAUUUUAAGACCUAAAAUGUCAAGAUUGUAGAUUGUAGAUUGCAUAUGGAGUCAUUACGGUUAGUUCCAGCCGCUCAAGCUUCCUGGGUGGUAAGGUGCCUAUCUCUUGGGGUGUUAGCCGUACCCCUUGAAGGUAUUUCAGCCUCAGAGGUGUGCAGGGCAUUCGCAAAAUCUACAGUGGUCGUUGUCUGCCAGGGGUGGAUGGGCAACUUUAAAUCAGCCCGGGACAGUUUUUGCUGAAGCAGCCCCGUGGGGGGAUGUGUAAC